AUGGAGGAGCUCGAGGACGUCCAGCCGGCGAACACACUCCGAAUCAUGUCGCAGACGGAGUGGGAUGACCUCGUCACUCAGAAGGCCAUCGCCGUACAAACACGGCUGACAGACAAAGCCUGGAUCAGAGGUUCUGCCUACACAGUCUACAUCGAUCACGACAUACUCUUCGACAUACUCUCUAGCACAGAAACCCUGGCAAAGCACUGUCUGUGGGGUUGGAUGCGCGCCCGUCGACCAGACCAAUGCCGUCGCUGGAUCGGCUACCGGUCAGACAUCGAUUUCGGUCGAGAGAGGCUGACGACGCUGCUUGAUCGGCUGCCAAGCAAUGUCUUCAACUUUCGACACACUCGACACUGGCAGGUCACCAGCAGGUUGAAUCGCCUCAUCGGCCUGCGGAACUUCUUACAUCAUUUUCACGGCAGACGGAACAACGUCUGCCACAUGGACGACUAUGUAGAGACGGUCCAGAAACUCGCCGUGCUUCUCUACGACGAGGAAGCCGCUAGUCGCGCCAGGGCGCUGAGGGACAGACUUCGCGAAGAAUCCGAGCGCACCCUCAGGGAGAUUGAGAAUUUCAUGCUGUUGACGUCUUUGCCCGAGGCAGGAGACACCUGGAAACCUCAUCAUGCGGACCUGAUCGAGGACGCUGCCUUGGAACUGAGUAGAGGCGUUUUGACGUAUUCCUACCCCCCGAUAGUCUACGCAGCGGCACGCGAAUGGGCUUCCCAUCAUCGAAGCCGGAGCUUCGGUGUCGCCCAGCCUGAGCCGGAACCGAGUGCACAGUCGGGAAGCAGCCCUCGUCGGGAGCAGGGCUUGCCGAGCGGUGCGAGUAGUGCGCAGGGGCUCUUGUUUGGUGACGACUUGGCCCGACCGAUGCACACGAGGCGACAAUGCAGUACUUCUGUGGCUAUGGGUUGCACAAAGUCUAUUGCUGGAAGACGAGGAGGACUGGGAACUCGAGGGCGCGCCGUGAGCAUGUCAUACAAGAUCUAG